GUAUUUUUUUGGAAUAGAGGGAAUACGUUACACUACAUAUAUAUUUAUAAAUAACAAACUUAUUGCAAGUAGACAUAUAGAACUUCUAUGAAGUAAAUUUAUAUUCCCUCUUUUUUGUUCCCACGACAAAUACAACCAUUCUCUCUCCGCUACUCCCCAUUCCCCACUUAAAAACACCCUAAAAAUGCACAUCUCCAAUUCUAACAAAAAUUCCUUUGAAGAAUGUCAAACGCAAUACUUUGAUGAUGAAUCAAUCUCCCUUCGUGAUCUUCCAAUAACCGCCAUUGUUGAACAUGUUCCUCAUAAAAACGCCUCGGUUAAUCAUAGCCGUCGAUCAUCUGCCUCAUCGUCGUCUGAUCCUACUUCCGAUUUCUUCUUUGAAAUUCUUAUCAACAAUGAUGAUGACCUCAUUAUUGCUGCUGAUGAUGUCAUCUUUCAUGGUCGUCUUCUUCCUUUCGCACCUCCUCCCCCUCGACGCUCUCUUUCUCUUCCCUCUGCAUCAACUCGUUCGCCACUCACUGAGUCAUCCACCGAUUCACUUCCAGCUAUUCGUCCGAGUCGCUCCCUCAAUUGCCGGAAAUCGCACCGGAAUCGAUCCAAUCCAAAACCUAAAUCGAAAACCGAUUUAAUCCGUAGAUUUUCGUCGAGAAAUGAAAAUCGAUCUAAUUUCAAUAAAAUUCCAGCAAAAUUUCCAUGGUAUUGGCUUGUAUUUGGUUUACCAGUGAAAAUUCAGGCAGAAAUGGAGCUAAAAGACAUUCAAAACCGAAAGUUUCGCCGGAAUUCUAUGUCUGAAAAGAUGUAUACAAGUAAUCAAAGUUGCUGUUCGUCGGCUUCUUGGAAAUUUCUCAAUGUUUUGAGCUGCAAAAGCCAUGCUACCGUUGACGUGAUGAAUACGGCGCCAUUUCCAAAAUCUUUGAUGUGAAAAUUUGAAUUUGUAUAAGAAAAGAAGAAGAUUGAAAAUUGAAGCAUGGUGAGAAAAAAUGAUGCAAGUUUUUGAGAGCAAAUAAAGCCUUAUAGAAAUUAGUGUAUGGUAUUAGUUUAUGGAGCUUUUGUAAAAUGAUGCCAAAUCAAAUUUAUCAUUUAUAUUAUUAUGUGCACUCAACUAUAUUUUUAAAAGGAGUGUUUUUUAAAUGAUGCUAAUGAUUUUUCGGUAAAUAGAAAUUUAAUUAUCAACCAUAAAUUUAGGUAAAUAUAAAUUUUAUCAUCAAUAACAAAAGGAUUGACCCUUUCAGAAAUUCUCAUAUAUGGAAACAAAUUUACAAAAUUAUAAUUUAGGGACGAAUCAUUUGAAAUAGAUCAUUUUCAAAGCUCGUAUAAAUUACUU